AUGGGUGUUAGUAAUACUACUAUUGAUCCUGAAACCUUCGUAAUCCCUCAUAGAGAAACUAUGCAUAAAUACUUUUCAUCAGCUCCUUUCAUAACUUGCACUUUUAUCGAGUUUCUGCACCAGCUUGGUUCAAAACAGAAACUAAAGAGUACUGAACAGAAAUCAAUCGAUGAAAAGUACAUAAAACUCCUGUAUUCAUUGAGUGAAGACCAAGAACUACCACAAUUCGUUCAGAAUCAUGCAAAAGGGUUGAUGGAAGAGAUAUCUUCCAAGGAAGUUGCUGCAUUUUGGGAUUCAAUAGCAGAAUAUGAAAAAUGUUCCACCUCUGAGAAACAACAAGUUCAAAGCAAUGUCUCAAUUGAUGGUUCUGAUGUCACUAGAGUGCAACAAGACGAAGAAUUAUUGGAGGUUUUCACACAGAAAAAGCGAAGAGAUGAGGAUGACAUAACACCAACAAAAAAGUCCAGGACAGAUUAUGAAUCAAUGUACUCUCCACCCUCAUCUGAAAUGAAAAAAUUACCUUCGCUAACAAUUGAUUCAGAUGACAAUAAUGAACAUGAUGAAAUUACAAUUAUAAGAGAUGUUCCUCGAUCAUUUUUAGAUAAUAGUAAUAAUGAAAAUGAACUUAUUAUAGAUAGAUUUAAUAUAUCAAAAUUAUUUCGACAGUAUCGAGAUGAAUCAUUUAAUCUCGCUAAUUCUGGUGGUUUAUAUGUGGAGGCAGAUGUCCACGAAAUUUUAUCUUUGACUUCAAUUUUCAUGCUUUCACCAAAUUCCCAUUCUGAAAUGAUGAUAAAUAUCUUUGGUUUAGACUUAUUAGACAAAAUAAGUGACAAGCUCAAACCAAAUAAACAAGAAUUUAAUGUGGAAUAUGAAGCUAAAUUUAAAAGUAUCAUAAAACAGUCAAUCAAUAUCUCACGAGAUAAUGCUAUUAAUUCAUUACUAGGAAACUCAGCAAAACCUGAAAGUAUUAAUCUUAAAGAAAACCUGGGAUUUGUUAUUUUAGAUGGAUUAAAGUCUUUGCCCAGUCAUAAAUUAAAAUGUAAACCAAGUGAGAUUACACUCAUUACUAAUUAUCUAGAUUACAUCAUGAAAGGACUAUUUCAUCACCCUGAUAAGUAUAUAAUUGAAUGGCCUAACACGGGCCAGGAAACUAAAGCUAGUAAAGUAGAAGGCAGAGUGAGGCAGCCUGAUUUCUUAGUAUCAGCAAUCCACCAAUUAGAAAAGAGGGGAUCAUUAUUUGUAGGUGAAGUAACCUCGCCUGCAGAGAAAGAAAACGUGCAUAAGAACUGUAAUGAUUUAAUCCGAAUUGGAGUUUUUAUGAAAGAAUGCAUUGAUUCGGCCUUAGACAAAGGUGCAGAUAUUAAAGUUCUAGGUUUUCAAUGUAUAGAAUAUACAAUUGAUUUUUAUGCAAUGGAACUUAAUGCUCCAGGGCUAUAUAUUAUGCAUCAUAUUGGUCAAGCAUCGAUUCCCACUUCGGUAAAGACAAUGUCACAUUUUGUUGAUGAAAUAGAUAUUUUUCUGACAGUACGUAGUCUUUUACAAGAAUCAUUUGAUAAUUUUUUUAAUAAAUUACGCAGCCCAAAAGAACAAGCAAAAAAAUUAUCAUUUAAAUGUGAGACCUUAUCUACAUCAAGUUUCAAUCAACUUAUUAGCAAUACGCGUAAUGUCAACAGAAAAUGUUCUUCCUGGUUCGGAAGGUUUUAG